AUGCUCUUCUUGUAUGCUAGCCUGUACCUGUGGUUAUGGGGGGUGGUAGCGAGUGCGCUUCCGGCGCACUGGCGAGCCAACGACAGGGAGAUCUCUCAACAAACCUUUGAGUCUCUUGAAGAACUUGCGCGAAUUGUGGACAUUUCCUACUGCGUCGGCACUACGGGCAUACAGAAGCCGUUCAAAUGUCUCAGCCGAUGCAGCGACUUUGAGGGAUUCGAGCUCGUCACAACGUGGAAUACAGGGCCGCUACUCUCCGAUUCAUGCGGCUACAUCGCCGUGUCGCAUCCUCCCUUUGAGAAGCGAGUCAUAGUUGCCUUCCGAGGAACCUACUCCAUAGCAAAUACCAUCGCCGACCUCUCCACGAUCCCAUCCGAAUAUGCGCCCUUUCCCGCAGAUGCUGACAACAAUUCGGUUUGCGCAUCAUUAGUCGAAUCGCAGAAUGACAAGCGGCCGUUGUUGCCACAAUUGGUGGCCCAGCAAGCAAAGAGAAGUGUGCAGGAGGUGGAAUGUCCCAACUGUACAGUCCAUCUCGGAUUCAUGACAUCGUGGAAAAACACCCGCUGCACCAUCGUGCCACAUGUGGAAAAGGCGUUGGAAGAAUAUCCGGACUACAAGCUAGUCCUGGUUGGCCAUUCUUUAGGAGGUGCUGUUGCUGCUCUCGCAGCUCUUGAGUUCCAGGCCCGCGGUUGGACUCCUUAUGUCACAACAUUCGGCGAACCUCGAGUUGGCAACCAGGCUUUGAAUGAGUUCAUCGACAAACGGUUCAAGUUGGACACGACCAAGCCGGAAGAAUCGAUGUAUCGCCGAGUCACGCACGUUGAUGAUCCAGUCCCUCUCCUCCCGCUAGAGGAAUGGGGCUACAGAAUGCACGCCGGCGAAAUUUACAUCUCGAAGCCUUCCUUGCCUCCAGCGCGUGCCGACCUUCAAUACUGUUCUGGCGACGAGGACCCCAAAUGUAUUGCCGGAGGUGCAUCUCCUGACUUGGAGAGUGAUUGGUCGGAAGCAAACGCCUCAGCUGAUCUUGAUGUCAAGACUCUUUGGGGUAUCGGCCGGCGGUACAAGUUGUGGGAGCUUUUCUUUGCACAUAGGGACUAUUUCUGGAGGUUGGGGCUUUGUGUCCCAGGGGGUGACCCCUGGGACUGGUCUAGAGGCAGACACAACGAGAGCAUGAAUGAUGAAUUAUAA